AUGACGGCAGCUAAGGUUCGCUCCAGAAUUGCCGCGCUCAAGGAGCUCUGGUGCUCCUAUCAAGACGGCCACGACCAGCUGACGAAAACUACGACGACGACGACGCAGCUGGAGCUGACCUACUUCAAGGAGGACUCCUUCGACGUCACCGAAGAGAUCUACCACACCACCAUGGACUCCAUGGUCGAGUAUCUGGAGGAGCUGGAGCCCUUCACCUUGCACGAUAAGGUGAACGUCGCGGUAUCAUCUCUGCGUAAUCUGAAAAGAAAACCGGAGGAACUCUGGAAUGAUAUCCUCGCUCAUAUCGUCGCGCAGAGACUCGAUCCUACGACACGUAAAGCGUGGAAUCUCAAAGAAAGCGAUAAAGAAGCUCCGCCGUCGUUCGACGAUUUAAGUAAUUUCAUUCAGUCGCGCGUUCGAGCGUUGGAAAAUUUUGCGCCCACAUCGUCUGUAAAUAAAACCGCUUCCGCAUCGAAGAUUCACGCCGCUACUGCGUCAGCGACAUCACCCGUAAAAUGUCCUCUGUGCCAAGCGCAACAUCUCUUAAACGUUUGUCCUAUAUUCGUGGGGAAGAAUUCGAGUCAACGAUGGGACGUUGUUAAGCAACAUAAGCGUUGUUUCAAUUGUCUCAGCGAGAAGCAUUCCGCGCAAGCUUGCACGAGCAAGUAUUCUUGCCGCGCCUGUCAUAAAAAACAUCAUUCGAUGUUACACGCGGACUCGACUUCUUCCUCAGCCCCGUCGGGAGCGACCCCGUCGGGAAUCUCGUCACCGGAUUGCUCGUCGCCUCACACGCUCGAGUCGAGAGCUGAGGUGACGGCGAUGAUCGCUUCCAAAGUCUCGCGAGGGCGAUCGCAGGUCUUGCUAGCGACAGCCUGGAUCACAGUGCGCGUCUCGUCCGGUCGCGACGCGGUCGUCCGAGCCUUGCUCGACCAAGGCUCGGAGAUGACAUUCAUUUCUGAAAAUUUAGCGCAACUUCUGCACGCGAAACGCAUUCGUAUGCCGACCUCAGUCACCGCCGUCGGCGGUAUUCACGCCGGAACCUUUCGUCACGCGACACAGCUAUCUAUCUCUCCGCGCAAAACUCUCACUCCGUCGUUCACAACGACCGCGCUCAUUUUGGGAAAAUUAACGGCUUAUACGCCGAAACGACAAACGGAUCUUUCGGCGCUCUCGCAUCUUACAGAUUUAUCGUGGGCUGAUCCGGAUCCGACAAGCCCCGAUCCUAUUCAAAUUAUUAUCGGAGCCGAUUUGUACAGCGAUCUAAUUCUCGACGGUAUUCGCAAAGGAGAUAUCGGGCAACCUAUCGCUCAGAACUCCGUUCUCGGAUGGGUCAUAUCGGGGCCCCUCAAGUCUAACGCCACUGACGCUCACUCAACGACGAUGCAUUCCGCUCAGUCUCCCCUCGCUCGUAUCUCGAUGCAUCAUGCUUUCUGCUCGCCUUCCCUCGAGGAAGAGCUUCGUCGUUUUUGGGAAGUCGAGGAACUUCCAAAACAGUCAAUUCUAACUCCGCAAGAAAAACAAUGUGAAGAACAUUUUCGCGCGACUCACUCUCGCGAUUCCGACGGGCGAUAUAUCGUGCGUCUUCCCUUUAAAAAGGACCCUCCUAUCGAUAUCGGUACGUCCAGAUUCCGCGCCGAAAAAAUGUUGAAUACGUCCCUACAUCGGUUUCAAAAUAACUCGCCGUUGGCAAACGAAUAUAAAGAAUUUUUGUCGGAGUACGAACGUCUCGGACACAUGCGAAAAGCGACGCCACAGGAUGAGGGCGGGCAACACGUUUAUCUUCCGCAUCACGGCGUGAUCCGGGAAAGUAGCGCGACAACGCAUCUACGCGUCGUAUUUAACGCCUCGAGCCUUACUUCCAACGGAACGUCGUUAAACGAACAUUUGCAUGCAGGUCCGAAAUUGCAAAAAGAAAUUACGGCCGUGCUAUUGCGAUGGCGUAAACAUCGCUACGUGUAUACUGCCGACAUCGCGAAGAUGUAUCGACAGAUUCGACUCGAUCCUCGCGAUAUAAAUUACCAACGCAUUCUCUGGAAACCGACUCUCCUCGCCGCGAUAAUCGUGUAUAUAUUGCUCACAAUUACCUACGGCAUGAUAUGCGCGCCGUUCCUCGCCCUUCGCGUGUUGGAACAAUUAGCUCAAGACGAAGGUCAUCUCUUCCCGCUCGCGGUAGCGAUUCUCCGCGAUAAUAUUUACAUCGACGAUACAUUGUUCGGCGCGGACAACCUGACUCUCCUACGGAGAGCCCGUGAUCAGUUAAUCGCUCUUUUGAAACUCGGUGGCUUCGAAUUGAAAAAAUGGGCCAGCAAUUCGCCUGAGCUUCUCGCCGAUAUUGAUCCCGCGGAUCACGGCUUAGCGUGUAGUAAACAGCUCGCGCAAGACGAGCAACUUAAAAUCCUAGGAAUCGGGUGGAAUCCGGCGAGCGACGUUUUUGAAUUUCGAGUCUCGCUUGCGAACACCAUCCCGGCAAGCAAACGCUCUAUUCUCUCAACGAUUGCCAAAUUCUACGAUCCGUUGGGCUGGGUCACGCCGGUGACAAUCAAAGCAAAAAUCUUCAUGCAAAACCUUUGGCGAGAAACACGAAAUUGGGACGACAAUAUUUCCGCGAACCUUCUCACUCGGUGGAAUGAAAUCCACUCUCGACUCUCGCACAUUAACCGAUUACGGAUCCCGCGAUGGAGCGGUUUCGGAAACGACACGAGUCACGCGGAGGUGCACGGAUUCGCGGAUGCGUCAAACGCCGCAUACGCCGCGGUAGUGUAUCUCAAAGUCGUUUCUUCCGACGGUCGCGUCACUAUCACUCUCCUCAUCG